AUGGAUUUGCUGGCAGGUCGUAGCACUGGUUAUGGAGAAGUAGCAGAGCCUGGAUCCAACCCACUGAUUGUUCACACGUUUUGGUCGUCAACAGCAUUGGGUUUCCACAUAUCUCUAUACUUGCUGGCUUUCAACCAGUCAUCUUUCCAGAGGCUUGUGUCUGUCAGUAACCUUCAAACAUCAAAGAGGCUGUGCCUCGCCUUCGGAGUGGGAGUGAACAUUUUCUGUCUGCUAUUUUACUUCGCUGGUGUAGUGACAUAUGCCACCUACAAGGAGUGUGACCCGCUUACCUCAGGAAGAAUCACCUUACGAGAUCAGAUCCUGCCGUUGUUAGUGAUGGACAAGAUGCAUCACCUCACUGGGUUGUGUGGAUUCUUCGUGGCUGCAGUCUAUGGUGGCGUACUUAGUACUGUGUCAAGUGUAGGCAACUCAGCUGCCUGCUUACUCUGGGAGGAUGUCGUUAAGUUUCUUCCGUGCUUCAGGAACAUUGAUGAUCAAGGAUCCACAAAACCUCUGAAAGUCAUUACGUUGAUAAUUGGGCUAAUUGGCACCGGCUUGGGAAUACUGAUGGAAAAGUUGGGAGGUGUGCUGGAAGUGGGAGCCAUGUUCAGUGGGAUCAUCUGUGGACCUCUGUGUGGUAUUUUUCUUGCUGGCAUCUUGACCCCGUGGGUCAACGCUAAGGGAGCCAUGGUUGGAGAACUCACCGCAUUUGUUUUGAGUGCGUGGGUAGUUGUAGGUAAUUAUGUGCAUGGAUCAGCGCCACAGUACCUGCCAUUGUCUACCUCGGGCUGUCCUGUAAACCUGACUUCUGUUGACAACAUCACUGUUAUCUCCAGUAACUUCUCAGCUACAGACUCUUGUAUGAAUAAGACAGUGAUGAGUGAGAAUCUACAGAUCAAUUCAACGCUGAGUGACUUACCGACUCCCACCACCGUCCAAGGGUGGUCAGUGAAGGUCAUCUAUGAGUUAUCUUAUUGCUACAUUGGAGUGUCAGCAGUACUUAUAACUCUCAUAGUCAGCAACGUUGUCUCCUUCUGCACAGGUAAUGUUUGUUGCUUUCCAUCUGUUACAUGA